AUGCCUUCUCGCCUCAGCAACGGGGCGUCGCAUACCAAGUUCGAGCUGCCCGCCCUCAACCUCGACUUUGGCAGCAUCACCGACGGCACCAACAUCCCCCCGCCUCCCGCCUCGCCCGUCCAGGAGGUGCCCACGCCGCCCCAGACCCCGCCCGCCGACAAGAAGGAGCCUGCCGCCAUCGCCAAGGCCAAGCCCGAGGCCGCCGUUCCCAACGGGACUCCCAACGGGACUGACAAGCCCGUCACUUCCACACCACCAAAUGGUAAUCUUGCCGGAACCAAGCGACCCGCCGAUGAGGCGCCCCUGAGCCCCGCUGGAUCCGGCCGCCAGGGCAGCCUCCGCAGGCUGUUUAGUAGGAAUAUGCUAAACGCUAGUUAUACAGAGGGCCGGUCGCCGCUGACGGCCAACGGCUCCGUCACCAACCUGGCCCGACCCGAGAGCCGCGGCGCCUCGAGCGUCGUCGACGACCGCAAGUCUAAGCGAAGCAGCGGCUGGUUCCGGCGCCUACGGGGCGGCGACCCCAAGCGGUCCAGCCUCAUCUUCGAGGACGCCGCGUCCACGAUAUCUGUCCCCUCCCCGAAGAAGCCCUCGGGCCCCCCUCCCCCGAUGAUCCCGGAGCUUGCCGACCUCGAAAAGGACGACGGAGGCCUCGGCUACGACAUGUUUAAGAAUAUCAAAUAG